AAGAAAAAAGGUCCUCAUCUUUGUACAUUCAUUGUACUCUGCAUCAAUCCACCACCAUCUUUGUAUAAUUGUAGAGAUUAGAUAUGAGAUGGGUAAAGAGGAAACAAGAAGGAAAAUCAAAGAAAUUGGUUUAAUGCUGAUGGCUGGGACGAUGAAGAUGAAGAGCCACCACUCGGUGGCUGUGAGGUUGAAUGAGCAAAUGGGGGCCAAAAAAGGCUACACCUUUGUGCAGGCUCACAGGGCUUGGUUCCCAAAACUUUUCCUUCUUUGGGUUGGUGUGAUGAUUCUCUUGGGCUGGUUAACCUACAGAUACAUGGAUGCUGAUAACAAAGUGAGAAGGGUAGAACUUCUUGGUAGUAUGUGUGAUCAGAGGGCAAGAAUGCUGCAGGAUCAGUUCAGUGUUAGUGUUAAUCAUGUGCAUGCCCUUGCAAUCCUUGUUUCCACCUUCCAUUACUACAAGAACCCUUCAGCAAUUGAUCAGGAAACGUUUGCUGAAUACACUGCCAGAACCGCCUUCGAGAGGCCUCUUUUAAGUGGGGUGGCCUAUGCACAAAGAGUGCUUGAUUCGGAUAGGGAAAAGUUCGAAAACCUACAUGGUUGGACAAUAAAGACAAUGGAGAGGGAACCAUCGCCCAUCCGAGAUGAGUAUGCGCCUGUAAUUUUUUCGCAGGAAACCGUCUCUUACAUUGAGUCACUUGAUAUGAUGUCUGGGGAGGAGGACAGAGAAAACAUUUUGAGGGCCAGAGCUACUGGAAAAGCUGUUCUGACAAGUCCAUUUAGGCUGCUGGGUUCUCAUCAUCUUGGUGUUGUAUUGACUUUCCCUGUUUACAAAUCGAAGCUCCCUGCAAACCCAACUGUGGAGCAGCGCAUUCAGGCGGCUGUUGGGUACCUUGGUGGUGCCUUUGAUGUUGAGUCCCUGGUGGAGAAUUUGCUUGGACAACUUGCUGGGAAUCAAGCCAUUCAGGUUUAUGUGUAUGAUGUUACAAACACUUCUGAUCCCCUAAUCAUGUAUGGUCACCAAUAUCAAGAUGGUGACACAUCUCUUCUGCAUGAAAGCAAGCUGGAUUUUGGAGAUCCAUUCCGAAGGCAUCAGAUGAUAUGUAGAUAUCAUCAGACGGCACCUAUGUCAUGGACAGCGGUUAACACUGCAUUCUUGUUCUUUGUGAUUGGUUUUUUGGUUGGCUAUAUCUUAUAUGGAGCAGCAAUGCACAUUGUUAAAGUUGAGGAUGAUUUCCGUGAAAUGGAGGAACUAAAAGUUCGAGCAGAAGCUGCUGAUGUUGCCAAGUCCCAGUUUCUUGCUACUGUUUCUCAUGAAAUAAGAACGCCCAUGAAUGGAAUCCUAGGAAUGCUUGCCUUGCUUUUAGAUACAGCUUUAAGUUCGACCCAGAUGGAUUAUGCUCGAACUGCUCAAGCUUGUGGAAAGGCAUUGAUAACAUUAAUUAAUGAGGUGCUUGACCGUGCGAAGAUAGACGCUGGCAAGUUAGAGCUGGAAGAAGUUCCAUUUGGCAUUCGGUCGAUACUAGAUGAUGUCCUAUCUUUAUUUUCUGAAAAAACUAGAAAUAAGGGUAUAGAGCUGGCAGUAUUUGUUUCCGAUAAAGUCCCAGAAAUUUUUAUGGGAGAUCCAGGGAGAUUCAGACAGAUAAUUACAAAUCUAGUGGGUAACUCUAUUAAAUUCACUGAACGAGGACAUAUAUUUGUCAAAGUCCAUCUAGCUGAGCCCUCAAAGGUGAUGAUAAAUAGGAAGUCAGAGACUUACUUGAACGGAGGACCAGAUGAAGGUGUGCUGACAUCCGAUGGCCAUCAAUUUAAAACUUUAAGUGGGUGUGAAGCAGCUAAUGACUGGAAUAGUUGGGAUACGUUUAAGCAUCUGGUGUCUGAUGAAGAAUACAGAGCUGAUGUUGAUGAAGCUUCUGAGAAGGUCACGUUGAUGGUUUCUGUGGAGGAUACAGGGAUUGGUAUACCAUUAGGUGCGCAGGAAUGUGUUUUUAUGCCCUUCAUGCAGGCAGACAGUUCAACUUCUAGACAUUAUGGAGGAACUGGUAUUGGCUUGAGCAUCAGUAAGUGUCUGGUUGAACUGAUGGGUGGUCAGAUAAAAUUCGUAAGUCGACCACACAUUGGGAGUACAUUUUCUUUCACCGCUAAUUUUAGGAGGUGCAAGAAAAAUGCAUUUAGUGACAUGAAAAAACCUAAUCCUGAGGAUCUACCUUCUAGUUUGAGAGGAUUGCGAGCAAUAGUAGUUGAUAGAAAACUUGUGAGAGCUGCUGUAACCAAAUACCACUUGAAGAGACUUGGAAUCCUUGUGGAAGUUGCGAGCAGCAUCAAGAUGGCCGUUGCUUCAUGUGGAAGAAAUGGUUCUGUGGCAUCCGGGAAUAGUAUCCAGCCAGAUAUAGUUCUAGUUGAGAAGGAUUCAUGGAUUUCUGGUGAAGAACAUGAUCUUAAUGCGCAGAAAUUGGAUUGGAAACAGAACGAUCAUGCAUUUAAGCUGCCAAAAAUGAUUCUUCUUGCAACCAAAAAUCUUAGUCAAGCUGAAUCUGAUAAUGUAAGGGCAGCAGGUUUUGCGGAUACUGUAAUCAUGAAACCUUUGAGGGCUAGUAUGGUGGCUGCGUGUCUUCAAGAGGUCCUGGGCAUAGGAAAGAAGAGGCAACCAGGGAGAGUGGUGCCGAAUGGAUCUAACGUUCUCCAAAGUCUGCUCUGUGGGAAGAAAAUUUUGGUGGUUGAUGACAAUUUGGUAAACAGGAGAGUUGCUGCAGGUGCACUAAAGAAGUUUGGAGCUAAUGUAGAGUGUGUUGAUAGUGGCAAAGCUGCAUUGGCGUUGCUUCAAUUACCGCACAAUUUUGAUGCUUGCUUCAUGGAUAUUCAAAUGCCUGAAAUGGAUGGGUUUGAGGCAACUCGCAGAAUCCGGCAGAUGGAGAGCAAGGCAAAUGUUGAGAUGAAUGGAGGAUUUGAAGGACUAACAACAAAGGGUGACUGGCAUUUGCCUGUGUUAGCUAUGACAGCGGACGUUAUUCAUGCCACCUAUGAUGAGUGCCUAAAGUGUGGGAUGGAUGGAUACGUCUCAAAGCCCUUCGAGGAAGAGAAUCUCUAUCAAGCAGUGGCCAAGUUCUUCAAAACUUAAACCAGCCUCAGACUCGUAACAAGAACUAUCAAACCCAAAACCUGCAGACAUCUUCGUUGGUCGGAUGUUACAAGCAAUUUUGUGAUAUUCCCAGAGAGAACGCUGAGAGUUGGUCCUAGAACUAUGAUGAUUCUUAAUGGCUUGAAUGCAGGUUCGAGGACUCAUUUCUAACCAAAUUUUUAACUCUGAUUCGGUAUCCACGUACAUGUAUAGUAAUGCAAACCUCCAUAUCCCACUUUGUAUGUAUUGUAGGAUGAUCCUAAAAGGGAAGGAGCAAAAUGUGUAAAUGUUAUAAUUUUGUAUGCCUUGUUUGAAUCUUUCUUAUGAGGAAAAAGGUUUCAAAAACGCCUUUGUUUU